CGUAACUGACAAGUAGGUUUGUGCCAAAUUCAACAAUUCUCCUACCCUCUUACACGAACCCGUGCUCCGGCAUUCGUUAAGAGGGUAGGUAGAUUGCGGCUCACUACGGGCGCCGAAUUGAAGCAGUUCUCCUCGGAUAGGAUCCAACCCCGCUUCAACUUCUGUCUAUCACUACAAGUUUGCGGGGAGAUCCCUGGGGAGCCUGUGGAAAUGAAGCUGAGAUUGUACCGUAAUACUCGAUCAAGUUAAUGCUUGCGUGGGAAACGUGCUGCCGCUCCGGUCCCCCCUAUCCCCCCCUUUUCAAAUAUGCCAAAUGUACUGACACUAUUUAUCACUUUCCCAGCUAUGGGUUCGGGAAUAUUGUUCUCGUACCCGCAACUUGCUACUCUAGCAGGUCUUCAAGGUGUUCUUGUGUAUGCCAUCUCGUCGGCUGUUCCGUUGCUCAUCUUUGCGGCGCUCGCGCCCAUCAUCCGAAGGAAGUGUCCUGAGGGAUUCGUCCUUACCGAGUGGACGAGACAGCGCUAUGGCGUCGUGACGGCCCUUUACUUAGGCGCUCUGACGUUGCUUACGCUAUUCCUCUACAUGGUUGCGGAGCUUUCUGCUAUCGGACAGGUCAUCGAGGCUUUGACUGGGCUUAAUGGCCUUCCGGUAGUUAUUGUUGAAUGUGUCGUUACGACUAUCUAUACCUCCCUUGGUGGUUUUAAAAUCUCUUUUAUCACAGACAACGUCCAAGGCGCUAUGAUCUGCGCUCUAAUUAUUAUAGCAACCAUCACCAUUGGUGCUAAAACUGAGAUUAAGCCGGAGUUGAUCGCCGAUUCCGGCCUGCUUGACGCAAGUCUCGUUGGCUGGCAGCUUGUUUAUAUCCUUCCCGUUGCCAUCCUGACGAACGACUUCUUUCUGGCGAAUUACUGGCUGCGCGCCUUCGCCUCCAAGACGGACAGGGACCUCUGGAUCGGUGUGUCGGUGGCCAUGGUAGUCAUCCUGAUCGUCUUAACGCUAGUUGGCUGCACCGGUCUUAUCGCUGUAUGGUCGGGCGCGUUCGAGCCUGAUGGCGAUGGGUCCGUAGCCUUUUUCCUGUUGCUGGAGCAGCUGCCUAACUGGGUUGUGGGCAUCGUUAUAGUUAUGGCUGUGUGCCUGAGUACCGCAGCCUUCGACAGCUUACAGUCUGCCAUGGUCUCCUCUGCUUCCAACGACAUCUUCCGCAACCGCUUGAAUAUCUGGUGGAUCCGUGGCGCGGUUGUGCUUGUUAUCAUCCCGGUGGUAGUCCUUGCUCUGAAAACACCGAGUAUUCUCCAGAUCUACUUGAUUUCUGACCUCUUGUCCGCCGCUACCAUUCCAGUCCUUAUACUUGGAUUGUCGGAGCGUUUCUAUUGGUGGCGCGGAUUCGAAGUUUUAGUAGGUGGCCUCGGAGGAAUAUUAACAGUCUUUAUCUUUGGUACUAUUUACUACGGCGACGCACAACUGGGCGGCGAGCUUAUCCUUCUAGAGCAAGGUCUAUAUACCGGAGACUGGGGUGCGUUCGGAGCCUUCGUUGCUGCGCCGGUUGGUGGUCUACUCUGGGGAUUCGGCGCUCUGGCAGUGAGACUGGCUGUCCAGUAUGUGCUAUCGAGGGUGCGAGGUACUCGGUUCGAUGCGCUUGACUAUCCCGCUACAGUCGCGACGGAAGAUUCCGACGCAUUGGCCGGGUCAAGCGAAGACGCUACGAACACCAAGAUCACCGGAAAGUUUUUCUAGGUUGAAUUCUCGGGGACGGAAGAAGGAUAAAUUAGAGAAUGUCACCGUUAUUCAUUGUGAUAUUUUUGGGAUAAGAAAAGGGGCUUUAGGCCUGAGAGUAUAUAGGUUGUUCGUUAUGAAGGACGACUCCUAUAUCUCAUAUAGUUUCUCCUAAUAACCUGACUUUAUUACAAUUUUACCUCAUUAGAAGAGUCAAUUAGGGU